CCCAUCCACCCCACUCUCCCCCACCCCACCCCACCCACAGCCUCACUCGCAGCGCACCUACCACGCGCAGCGCGCAGAGCUAGAUCGAGAUGGCGACGGAGCUGACGGCGGCGCAGCUGCGGGCGUACGACGGCACCGACGCGUCCAAGCCGAUCUACGUCGCCAUCCGCGGCAAGGUCUUCGACGUCUCGGCCGGGCGCGGCUUCUACGGGCCCGGCGGCGACUACGCGCUCUUCGCCGGCCGCGAGGCCGCCCGCGCGCUCGCCAAGAUGUCCAAGGACGCCGCCGACGUCUCCGGCGACCUCUCCGGCCUCUCCGACAAGGAGCUCGGCGUGCUCGCCGACUGGGAGUCCAAGUUCCAGGCCAAGUACCCCGUCGUCGCCCGCCUCGCCGCCUGAUGUCAAUGAAGUCAAUUCCGCCACCGUCACCGUCCUCAACUAGUAUCGUAUCCUCCUAGCUCCACCGUGUGUGUCUGUAUCCUGUUGCUCCCUGCGUAUGACCGUCAAAUAAUAAUAAUCUGAGGGCGUGUUUGUUGGCGACAAUUGGUGAACUGAAAUAAUAGUACUGUGGUCUGUUGUUAAGAUCAAUGGAGCAAUUGAUGAUUGAUCCUUAUAAUUUUCACAUUGUUUCAGCUU